UACAGCUGAUUUGUCAAGGGUUUACCGCAGUCCCGAACACGAGACGUCAUGAUACAUUGAUCUUCGACACGUGCAAUUAUUUUUCGUGUAGCUUCCUGACCCGAGGAUCAAUCGCUAGGUGUGAUCGGUACGCAUUAUUUGGCGAAAUCGUUUGUCAACGACCGAUCGUUUUGGCAGUCGGAUUGUGUCAAAAAGACGCCGUUGGACGCCAUGAUGAGAUCUUAAGCGGUAUGAAUAUGUUGCAGGACGGAAUAUGUGACCCCGUCGAUAUUUUAAACAGUGUACCUGCCAAGAAGACCUUGCAGAACAUUCAACCCGAAACGAUAGACUCCUCUGAUAAAUCAUUACAAGUAGAUAUCUCAGAUGCACUCAGUGAAAAGGAUAAAGUUAAGUUUACUGUACACACAACUACUACGAUGACUGAGUUUUUAAAACCAGAGUUCCAAGUUGUUAGGCAGCAUGAAGAAUUUGUAUGGCUUCAUGAUCAGUUUGAGGAAAAUGAAGAAUAUGCUGGAUAUAUUAUACCACCAGUUCCUCCAAGGCCUAAUUUUGAUGCAUCUCGAGAAAAAUUACAAAAAUUAGGAGAAGGGGAGGGUGCCAUGACUUGUGAAGAAUUUAAGAAAAUGAAACAAGAACUUGAAGCAGAGUAUCUUGCAACGUUUAAAAAGACAGUAGCCAUGCAUGAAAUGUUCCUGACAAGGCUUGCUCAUCAUCCAGUUUUUCGAAACGACCAUAACCUCAGAGUUUUUUUAGAAUACGAUCAAGACCUUCGUGUUAGAGGAAAAAAUAAAAUGGAAAUGUUCGGUGAACUAGUGAGGUCCUUUUCAAAAACUACUGACGAGUAUUACCUGUCGGCUACAGUAAAGGAUGUCAAUGAUUUCUUUGAUCAAGAAAUGACAUUUCUUCAGCAAUACCACCACAACCUAAAAGAAGCGACAAGUCGUGCGGAUCGUCAAACAGCAAAACACAAAGAUGUGGCAGACUCUUAUAUAAAGAUUUCUUCAAAUCUUCUACAAGUAGCUAUAACAGAUGGUGGAAAGUUAGAAAGUUUUUUAACAAAAAUUGCCGAGACAUUCGAAAAGAUAAGGAAAGUUGAAGGUCGUGUUGCAUCUGAUGAAGAUUUGAAGCUGUCGGAUACUCUUCGUUACUAUAUGAGAGAUACCGCUGCAGCCAAACGAUUGCUCUUCAGAAGGCUAAAGGCGUUACACGCAUAUGAAACUGCCAAUCGUUCUCUGGAGAAGGCUCGUGCCAAAAAUAAGGAUGUUCAUGCUGCAGAGCACGCUCAAACGGAGGCAUGUGAGAAGUUUGAACAAAUGUCUGAGAAGGGAAAAGAAGAAUUAACGGACUUCAAAACUCGCCGACUCGCUGCAUUUAGGAAGAACCUCAUUGAGUUGACUGAAUUGGAAAUUAAGCAUGCCAAGGCUCAUGCAGAAUUGCUCAAAAAGUGUUUGUCCGAUCUCCGGGAAGAGUGAUCCCCUCAAACGUGAUCGCAAGUACACCAAUCAAGUGUAAACCAGCAAGUGAAGAUUUAUUUAACAAAGCAUAUUAUGAUAAUAUUGUAAAAUAUUCUAUUUUUUGUUAUCUCUAGCUCUAGCACGAUUACGAACGAAUGAUCAUAUUAUUGGCUGCAAUGGGGUUUGGACGUGGAAAAUGGUUGCAACUAAUUUUCUAGAUUUUUUCAAGCUGUAAAAACUACUGCAAGCAAUGGUUAUUGAGAACGCUUAUAAAGUAAUCUUUUCUUAAAUAUUUAAGAAUUAUUACCUUUUCUCACAUAUUAUGAAUUAAGCGUCUUUCGGUUGCAAUCCUUUAACAAGGUUUCAGAUGUCUUCGACCCCUUUGUAGUUUAAAUUCAAUAAUCUGUUAUGUUUACGUUUAUAACUUAAGGCCCUUUAUAUUGUAUAAAUGUAUAUGUAUAUACAUACGAAUGCGAACGAUUUACUUUCCCUUCAUACAAUUUUAACAAAUAAAAUAAACGGAGGCCAAAAAUAUGAGGGAUUUGUGGAGUUUGCGGUGUAGCAAGGUGGAGGUAUUUAAUAAACACGAUGCCAUAUA